CUGAGCGCGGCUCUUGCAGGCAGUGUCCUUGUCGUCCAAGUCUGGUUCAUCCCGGGGCCGAAAAGUGAUGCUGUCCGCGCUGGGCAUGCUGGCGGCAGGGGGUGCGGGGCUGGCCGUGGCUCUGCACACGGCGGUGAGUGCCAGCGACCUGGAGCUGCACCCCCCCAGCUACCCGUGGUCUCACCGCGGCCUCCUCUCCUCCCUGGACCACACCAGCAUCCGGAGGGGCUUCCAGGUGUACAAGCAGGUGUGCUCCUCCUGCCACAGCAUGGACUACGUGGCUUACCGCCACCUGGUGGGCGUGUGCUACACUGAGGAUGAAGCUAAAGCCCUGGCCGAAGAGGUGGAGAUUCAGGACGGCCCCAAUGAUGAUGGGGAGAUGUUCAUGCGACCCGGAAAGCUGUCUGACUACUUCCCCAGACCGUACCCCAACCCUGAGGCUGCCAGAGCAGCCAACAAUGGAGCCGUGCCCCCUGACCUCAGCUACAUCGUGCGAGCUAGGCACGGUGGCGAAGACUACGUCUUCUCCCUGCUCACGGGCUACUGUGAGCCGCCCACCGGGGUGUCGCUACGAGAAGGCCUGUACUUCAACCCCUACUUCCCUGGCCAGUCCAUUGGCAUGGCUCCUCCCAUCUAUGACGAGGUCUUGGAGUUUGACGAUGGCACCCCAGCUACCAUGUCCCAGGUAGCCAAGGAUGUGUGCACCUUCCUGCGCUGGGCAUCCGAGCCAGAGCAUGACCAUCGGAAACGCAUGGGGCUCAAGAUGUUGAUGAUGAUGGGCUUGCUGUUGCCCCUGGUCUAUGCCAUGAAGCGGCAUAAGUGGUCAGUACUGAAGAGCCGGAAGCUGGCAUAUCGUCCACCCAAGUGACCCUGCCGAAGGUCUGCUUGCCAUCCUGUUUGAAUGGGCCUUCAAGCCAAGAAGCCACCCUGGGUCUCUUUAGACCCCAGCUGGCCCUCUUGGCCAAGCCCCUCUUCUCUGGGACAAAAGGGGAGGGGGCAGGAGACCGGGCUGGAGCUCCAGAUUCUUCAGCCUCUAUCAUGGAAAUAAAUUAAGUUUCUCAAUAGA